GCCGAGCCUCGCCGGCCUUCGGGGAGGACGGCCGGCGAGCGGAGCGACGGUUAAUGGAGCGCGCCGGCUGCUCGUUGACACCUUCGGUUAAAACUGCAGCGCCACGAAAUGAACAGGGAAAAAAGAAGAUUUACUGGAGCGCAGAGACGCGUUCAGUGAACCAGGAAAUGGAUGGCGAGUGCUUUGAAUACAAAUCAAAAGAAGUUACAGAAAAGGUGCAAACAAAGUGGAACCCCUCUGUGAGAUCCCUCCGCCUAAUUGACUCCGUGAGUGAUCCGCCGCACCGCCGCCUCUCCCUCCGCCGCGGCACAUCGCCUCCACCCCGCAGAGCCGAGUGGCGCCGCAGCGCGUCCUCCUCCUCCUCCUCCUCCUCCUCCAGCCCCCGGAGCUGCGUGUCGAUGCGCUGCAGCCGACGCAAUCAGGUCCAGACCAGCACCCGGCGCGAUGGGAGCCUUGGGGGUCGUGAUGCGGCUCUUACAGGUCCUACAGUCCUUACAGUUUUUACAGUACGCGGGACUAUAUGUUGACGUGCACGCGGCUCUGAGCGGAGGAGACGGAGAACCGGAGAACCGCAUCUCUGGAAACGCUCUCUUCACCGAGGUGCCCCGUGACGUCGCCACGCAGAGCGGCCAGGACGUGGAGAUGGCGUGCUCCUUCCGGGGGGCGGGCUCUCCCUCCCACCUGCUGGAGAUCCAGUGGUGGUACACGAAGGACCACGAAGACCAGCAGGAGGAGGCGGAUCAGAUCAUCCUGAACAACGUUGCCCCCCUGGAGGAGACGUCCAGAGGCGCCACCAAAAUUAGUGUGGUGAAAGUCGCCGGCAGCAACAUCUCCCACAAGCUGCGGCUCUCCGGCGUCACGCCGGCGGACGAGGGCACGUACGAGUGCCGCGUCAUCGACUUCAGCAGCGGCGCGGCGGGGGAGGGGCGGCACCGCGCGCACGCCCGCCUGCAGGUGGCGCCCGAGAGGAGCCGAGCCGGCGGCGGCCGCAGGGGAACCGCCAGACGGAGGAGGGCCGGAGACUGAAGAGGGGGGCGGCGAGCGGGCCGCCUGCAUGAGGGUCCUCAUAAAGGGGGCCGUGUACAGGGCCUCACGGAGAGGGUCGAACUAGACGCUGUGUGUGUCUCUCUAAUAUUGCUCUUUUGAUGCCAAUGAAGGGCACACUUUUAACUUUUAUUAAAUGUAUGUUAUUGUUUUUUGUUGUUGUGUUGAUGUUCACGUCUCCAUGAGGCGGUUUGGUUAUUGUCUGUCAUCACACAGUUAAAGUGAAAUAUCAUAAAUACUAAAUUAAGCUUUUUAUGAGAACUUUUCAAAUUGCAUUUCAUGAAUGUAAUAUUUGUUUUGACACUUCAAUGUUUGUCAAAUAAAAAACUGUAUUCCUUAA